GCCGGCUUCGCGGGAUGCCCGCGUGGCGUCUUGGGAAAUGUAGUUAUGGGUCUGCCUGGGGUUGGGUGGCUGGGGUGGGGACCGUCAGACUACAGUAGUUGCUGAGUGGAUUGGCUGCCCUAGAGCGGGAAGCAGGGAGCGCGAGAGGGUCUUCCGUUGCUAAGAGCGGUUUGGAGACGUUGAUUGGGCGGUCCCAAUGGCGGGCUCUUUGUUCCCGCUUGUGCCCAGCGUCUCCUUGUUGUUGUGCUUAUGGUUGAGCGGAUGCUGGGCCGGGUGGAGAUAUAGAACUAGAAUAGGAAGCUAUAUUCUGUUUACUACAAGAACUACUAUAUAUUUAGAGUAUGAAGGGACUUCAUUUGUGCAAUGGGAUAUUCCCAUAUUAUGUUCCGUUGAAGAUAAAAGCUCACCUCAAACAACAAUGAUUUGUUCAGUUGCUGGGACUCACAGGAUUAUGCCAGGAGUUCGGACUCCAACAUUUGAGGACAAAGAACGCUACUUAACUGUCAAUGUUGAUUUGAACUGUUUUUUGUGGUAUGAUUAUUCUAUCCAAUCAAGCAUGAACACAACACACCAUAACCUAGCCAAGGAUUUAAUUGUAUGGAUUUAUGAUCCAGAAAAUGCUGACUCUUCAGAAGUGAAGAAAAUUGCAAGUAAACCACCCGCAUAUUCUAGGGCACUUAGCAAGCAGUUCUCAAAUCUGGGACAGGUACCUACUAUGAAGACAUAUUUCAGAGGCAUUGAAUUCACUGAAGCUCAAUUUAUGGAUGAAGGAUUCUGGAAGAUUGCAGUGAACCCUGGAUUGGAUGAUAUUAUUGCACAUAUCCAUGGGAAAACAAUUACUUUUCAUGGUUGUUUUGUUGCCCCUAGUCCUGUUGUCAUUCCUGAGACAGAAUCGCCUGUUCCUGAUGUAUAUGACAUCAGCAUCUCAUCUCCUGUUGGUAGUGAUGUCAUGGUGAUCUGGGCUGCGUGUUUUCCAACAACAGCAGUUUUGUUGACAGAUAUUGGAGUUUUCCGAACAAGUAAUGGAUUCCAAACUUCAGAAGAAAUUAAAUUUCCAUCCACUGUGUUAGACAGGGCCAUGGCUCAGCAUGUCUAUGAUGCUGCUAUAGUAUUUCAUUAUUAUUUCUUUUUAAUAGAGGAUGCUGUGUAUGUUGCAAACAGUAGCAAUUUUUACAGAGUUGGAGAAGACAAAGGCUUUCCAGAAAAUGGAGUUAUUGGAAUUCGGUCCCGAACUUGGUGUGAAUCAAUAUAUCCAGAAUCUGAAACAAUAUUAACUGCAUUGCUCGUAUGGACAGAAAAUGUAAUAUACUUCAUCGCUGCAUCACAUGACCGGCCCUUUUCAGUGCUUCAAGUGAUGGAUGUAGAAACCUUGAAGAAAACGGUUGGAUUUAGGAAGAAUGUGGAUUUAACAAUAAUAAAUGCUUGCUAUGAUUCAGUCCCUUCUGAAGUUUCAAUCUUGUUAGCUUGUGUAAGGUGCAGCUCCACAAGGACAUUUUAUCUGGUAGCAUAUGAUGAAGAAAGGAGUGUGUGGUCCCUGAGAGAUUUUUCUCUGCCUGUACCUACAGUGAAAGUUAUGGAGAUUGAAGUUAUAUCUUCAGCAAGAUCAGCUAUGCUGUUAUGGGACAGUGACAAAGUUUAUUACACUUACAAAGCAAAUAGAGUCAAUGGAUAUAUGAUGGAGGCUGGUACAGACAAGAUAUUGUCAGCAGCAUCAGAAGGAACCUCUAUUCAUCAAAUUAUAAUUGACUUUGAUGGCAACACUGUCAUUAAAAUGAAAAACAACAUAAUGUUUUUCUUAAAAUUUAACAUGAAAGAUGUUAUAAGGCUGAAUGCUUGGGAGAAGGAAAGCAAAACCUAUAUCCUGUAUGUGAAUCCACUGAGUGAUUUGUAUUUGCUUACAAUCAAUGAUUCUAACAUAGUUCGCCAAACAUACCCAUUGAAGACUGAAAUAUUUAGUGCCACACAUGCUUUAAAUGAAGUGUGUCCAUAUAUAUCAUUUCAACAUAGUGUGAAAUUAAACGUCUACUAUGUGGAUAAAGGAGAAAAUGUAACCUUUUGGACUCAGAUAGUGUUUCUGGAAAAUCUGGGAUUAUCUACUGAAGUCACCAUGUACAGAGCACAUUUGCUGAAGCGCAAGUCAAAUCUUCAGUAUGAAAUAGCUCGUGGAAUCUGUACUAAGAAUGAAACAACAGUACUUUAUCAUAACCAUGAUUAUUCAAAAGACCAGAACUAUGAAGAGGCAAUAAUUUUUUCAGAAGGUGUUAUGACAAUUGAUCUGAGGCCUUCUGAAACUGGAAGAACAUGUAUUUCUAAUAAUAAGCAAUUUUUUAUUGUUAUUGGUUGUUCUCCAACAAGACAUAUAGAUGUUGAAAAACCUUCAAGUUGUAAAAAGGAAAAUUUCAUAGUCAAUAUACCUGCGGAAUCUCUUUGGACCAAAACAGAUGGAAAAGGGUUGGAGGUAGAAUAUAAUAUGGAAAAAUUUGGUUGUCCAAUAGAGGCCUACUACGCAGAUCCAUUUCGUCCUACUGUUGUCUUAUAUGACAGAGAAACACCUGUAAGGACUGUUCAGGCAAACUAUAUAUUGUGGGAAGUCAACAACAGGAAGGACUUUAACUAUAACUCAACUAUGGAACAGGUACAGUGUUUGCGGGAAGCACAAAGUUGGUUUUCAAUGGGUUCAAAGAAAACAGAGAACAUGACUAAUGUUUGGAUAGAUGAGUUUUGGGGACCACAGAAUUAUAAAUCCUGUUUUGAAGUUGAACAUGGAAAUCUAGGAGAUUUAGAUGAACCAUAUGAGAUAUUGAACCAUUCUGGCAUCAAUUCCAUCAUUUGGCCUCAAUAUCAUACUGGCAUUUAUAUGUUCAAAUUGAAAAUAGUGGAUCCAAACUUCAGCUUUUGUGAUUUUGAAAUUUUCUUCGCAGUCCGCACAUAUGGAGUCAUCAAAAGACCGAACAUCGCUAAGAUUAUUGGUUGGUCUGCCUUCAUAGUUAUCCUCUUUUUGGGAACACUUGUCUUCAGCUACUUUAGGUAUAGAACAAACACUGGAGACUAUUUUAUAUUUUCUACAAGAACUACUAUAUACUUGGAAUAUGAGGGGACGGCAUUUCUGGAGUGGGAUGUUCCUUUGUUAUGCAUCAUUGAUGAUAAAAAUUUGCCACAGACAACUCUUAAUUGUCCAGUUCCUGGAACUCAUCGCAUUGCACCAAUAGUUAAACCUCCGUCAGCUGCAGAAAUGGAGCGCUUCUUAUCUGUAAAAGCAGAUGUGAAUUGUUUCAUGUGGUAUAUUUACCAAGAUACAAGCGGGUUGACACAUGCAAAUCCAAAGCAGUCUAUAAAGUUAUGGAUAUUUGAUCCAGAAAAUGCUGAUGAGUCUGAAUGGAACUACACUGCAACUUCACCAUCAGUGUAUUCUAAGACCCUUAGCAAACAGUUCUGGAAUUUGGGAGAGACUCCUCUUGUUAAGACAGUUUCUGGAGGAAGAAAAUAUCAUGAAAAAGAAUUUAAUGAUGGGAUCUGGACAAUUGAGGUGCCUACCCUAACAAAUGACAACAUUGCAGAAAUCCAUGGAAAAACUUUUACAUUUCAAGAUUGUUUUGUUCUGGCAACUCCUUUUGUUAUUGCCCAGCCUGUUUUUCAUUUAGGUUUUGAAACUGAUACUUCAAUCUCUUCUCCAGCUGGAAGUCCUGCUAUAGUGACAUGGGAUGCAUGUUAUCCAGCCACAGCCGUUUUAGUGACAGAUUUUGGUACAUUCUACACAAAUGAUGGAUUUUUAACUAUGGAAGAAAUCAGAUUCCCAGCACAUAUUAUAGAUAGUGCUCUGAUUCACAGUGUAAAAGAUGUGGCUGUAAUGUUUCCAGAUGUUUUUAUUUUAAUAGAGGAUAAGCUUUAUAAGGCAACUGAAGAGGACAUUUACAGCAUUGGAGAUGUGUAUAAUGUUCCAAAUACAGGAGUAAAAGGAGUACAGACAAAAACCUGGUGUUCAAAUGAAUACCCAUUGAUUGACAGACUUUUAAGUGAAGUAAUUAUAUGGACUGAUGACGAACUUAUCAUAGGGUUUCCUAAUGAUCAGUACAGUCCAUUGACUGAUACAUCACUUCUAAAAGAACAGUUGCAACUCCAAAGAGCCACUGACCUUUUACUAAUUUCUGCUUGCUAUGAUUCACUUACUGCCAUAAUUGCAGUUCUGAUAGAGUGUAUCGGAUGCAUAACCACUAAGAUAUUACUCUUGGCUGCUUACAAUGAAGGCACAACUGAAUGGAACUUAAGAGACUUUUCACUAACUUCAUCUAUAAGUGGUGAUAUUCAUAUGGAAGUUAUCACUUCAGCUGUAACAUCCAUGGUACUGUGGGAUGAUGACAAGGUCUUUUAUACUUACAAAGAAAAUAAAGACUAUGGAUUUCUUCAAGUGUCUGGUACAGAUAAGACAUUUUCAGCAGCAUCUGAAGGAUCUACUAUUCAUCAGCUAAUUAUUGAUUAUAAUGGAAACACCAUAAUAAAGAUGAAAAAUAAUGUCAUUUUUUUCUUUAAGUUUGAAAUGGGAGAUACCGUAAAGCUUGCUCCAUGGGAAGAGGAAAAGACACAUUUUAUUUUUUACUGUAAUCCUUCUGGUGACAUGUAUUUGCUAACAAUUGAUGGUCGGGAUAUAAAACGCCAGAUCUAUCCACUGAAAUUGGAAGCAUUUAGUGCUGCAUGGAAAUUAGAUGAAGUAUGUCCAUACAUAUCAUUUGAACACAAUAUAAACCAAGAUAUUUAUUACUUAGACAUGGGAGAAGAGGUAACCUUUUGGUCUCAACUAGUCUUUCAAGAAAACCUGGGCUUAUUUACAGACAUUGAAAUGUAUAGGCCAGAUUUACUGCAGCAAGAAUCACGCCUUCAUUAUGAAAUUGCUCGUGGAAUCUGCACUAAGAAUGAUACGUUUAGAUUUUAUCAUAAGCAAGAUUACUCUCGAUUGCUUGAUUACGAGGCUUCAAUAAGACUAUCCCAGGGCAUUAUGACUGUUGAACUUCAUCCUUCUUUAUCUGGAAAAACAUGUGAUUUAAAAUUCAAGCUCACUCACUUAAGAGUUGGUUGCCCUCCAGGGAAAAUACUGCAUGUUUUAGGGAAACCUUCAGAAUGUGACGAUUUUAAAUUUACAGUACCUUGGAAAUCUCUCAGGAACAAAACAAUUCAAGAAGACUUGGAAAUAGACUAUGAUCUCCAAACCUAUGGUUGCCCAAUAGAUGUUCAUUAUGCAGAUAUAUUUCGUCCUACAAUUGGCUUAUAUAUUGAUAAUGAAUUUUUGAGUAUUGUUGAUGCAAACUAUGUAUUGUGGGAAAUGAAUGGCAGGAAUGAUUUUGGCUACAAUGCAACUAUGGAACAGGUUCGGUGUGUAAAUAGGGCCCAGAGCUGGAAUUCCAUGAUCUAUAGUUAUGGCAUUAAUGAAACGUCUUCCAUUACACCUGAGGAAGCAGAUAUGAUUUGGGGACCACAUAAUUAUGCAUCCUGUUUUGCAACUAUCACAGAAGAUCUAAGUGACUUAGAUAAUCCAUAUGAGAUCUUAAACCAUUCUGGCAUCAACUCUAUCACCUGGCCUCAGUAUAAUACUGGAAUUUAUAUGUUCAGGUUGAAGAUAGUUGACCCAAACUUCAGCUUUUGUAACUUCUUUGCGUUAUUUGGCGUCCGUACAUAUGGUAUCAUUGAAAGACCAAACUGGUUGGUGGUGGCUGGUUGGUCUACCAUGCUAGUGACUCUCUUUUUGGGAGUCCUAGUCUUCAGCUACUUCAGAUACGUGAAGACAUUUCGGACACUCAAUUUUGUUGAUCCCAUACUGACACCUAGCCCACGGGCUAGUGUAAUACAGCCAACAGAUGGACUUAAGAAAGAGUGACUUCACUUGUAAUGUCUUAUGAAUUAUUGUGGUAUUCUACAGUGAACUCCAAAAUUUAACUGUAAGACAAGUAGUUUCCUGCCCCUUUCAUUCAAACAUCAGAACUCAAUUUUUUAACAUUUUUCUAGGAGAUAUUGCGUAGUUCAUCUUCAAGCUUCCCUGGUUGUUGUUUUAAAUUUUGAACUAUAUGUUGGGGAGAGGAUUGCAAUAGUUAAUUUUUUUCCUAACUUCCUACUAUAUCAGCUGUCCAGUCUCCCAAGUCUGAAUUUCUUAGACUGUACAAGUAGAGGUACAACUUCUGCAUUUGGACAAGUAGAGGUACAACUUCUGCAUUUAAUAAGGCAUGAUGCUUGGGCAGAUUUGGCACUUAUAUAUAGACCAAUCCACUGAAAAGUUAAUGUUAUACUAACUCCACUGAAAUGAAUAGGCUAAUGAAGAGGGUAAUGAACAGAGUUAAAUGAAUAGUACAUUUAAACUCUAGAUAGGACUGAGCUGCCAGUUUGCAACAUAGAAGUUUCUUGUAGUCAUGCAUUUUUAGCAUUUCACCCCAUGCUUUAAUUCAAACUGUUGUAUAUUAUAUUCCCAAACCAUGUGUGAUAUAUUUUAAAUUCACUGUAAUUUACUAGUUUUGAAGGUAUUUUCCCACAAACAUUUCAAUAGCUUGCAUAAUUAAAAACUGU